GAUUCACUGCCAUCCAUUCGUCGACACGUCAAUAAUUGUACUGCAAUGUCCUCUCUUCUGCGCGACCCUUACACACCCCCCCUGCUACACUCUUCGCCAUCAACAGACACUUUCCUAUCUUAACAUUCGACUCUUGUCAUUUGUACACUAGACUUCCUUCUCUGUGGUCCAUUCCACUCUUUCCAGUUCCUGGUCCAUCCUUCCGUGGCGUUGCGCCUCCUAGCUUUCUCACCAGACAGGUCAACCUUUCUGAGCGCCUUCAAUACUGCACCUGUCUAGAUUGCGCAACGACACAAACCAACCAUGGUAGGAUUGGUAUCAGCCGCCGGCCUUGUCGGCUUCCUAUCCGAACCAGAUCCGGAGCUUAGAAGCUUUGCUCUGAAGCAGCUGGACAGCCAGGUCGAUUUGUUAUGGACAGAGAUAGCUAAUUCCGUGGGCGAGAUUGAGGCUCUGUACGAAGAUGACUCCUUUCCCGACCGCGAGCUCGCUGCGAUCGUCGCGUCGAAAGUGUACUACCACCUGCAAGAAUAUAAUGAAAGCAUGGCCUUUGCCCUCGGAGCUGGAAAAUACUUCAACCUGGACAACGCUGGAGAGUACGAAGACACCAUUAUCUCAAAAUGCCUUGAUACCUAUAUUGCCCUGUCGGCCAGUCGAGACCCUACCCUAGCUGCCGCCACCGCAGGAGCGCAGCCUCAGCUUGACACGGCUUUCGGGCAAGGUGGUGACGGCGCAGCUAGCAUUUCGGCAAGUUUGACCUCGCCGGUCACUCCGUUCUCUCAGUCUGCUCUCCCGUCCAAGUCCCUUCUUUCGAGGCAAAACACCGCCGUAUUCGAUCCUACACAAGCUGGUGCCGACGCUGGACAAGAGGGCACGCCCGAGGCAGUCAUCCAACAACGUAAUCUUCAAAAGGCCUUGAACCGUGUAAUCGAAUCUCUCUUCGAGAAGUGUUUCCAAGAGAAGCGAUACCGGCAGGUAGUUGGCAUUGCCCUCGAAGCACGGAACCUUGACAUCCUGCGACGGGUCAUCAAACGAGCCGCGGAAGAUGAGCGAAAAGAGAAUGGCGAGGCUACGAAAAAGGGCGAGGAGUUGAUGGACUACGUCCUUGAGAUCUGCAUGAGCAUUGUGCAAGAGCGAGGGCUGCGCAACGAGAUCCUGAGACUGAUCUUGGAGCUGCUCAACGAGCUUCCCUCUCCGGACUACUUUGCAAUUGCAAAAUGUGUUGUCUAUCUCGACCAACACUCGAUGGCGUCCAACAUCCUGCGGCAACUGGUCGAAAAGGGCGAUGCUCGAUCAUUGGCGGUAGCCUACCAGAUUUCUUUCGAUCUCUACGACAACAGCACCCAAGAGUUCCUUCUGAAGGUUCGAGAAGAACUGGUUGACCUGCUACCGAAAGAGGCACAGUCCGAUUCCAAUGUCUCGGAAACCGAGAAGAUGGAAGAAGACAAUCAAGAGAAGGCCGAAGAUCAGUUACAGCAAGAAUUGCAAGAGUCUGCUGGUGCACCUGCACCUGCUAAAGCCCAGCUUUCUAAACCAGAACAACAGGACGCGGUAAAGAAGAUUAGGGAUAUCCUCGACGGACUCACGUCAAUACACUUGAAUAUUGAGUUCCUACACAAGUCAAACCGGGUCGACUACUCUAUAUUGACCAAAGUCAAAGACAGUUUAGAGGCCCGGUACUCGAUCUACCAUACAGGCGUCACACUAAGUGCCGGGUUUAUGCACGCCAAAACAGCGACCGACAGCUUCUUCCGACAAAAUUUGGAGUGGUUGGGCAAGGCGGUCAAUUGGUCCAAGUUCACUGCUACCGCAGUCUUUGGUGUCAUCCAUCAAGGCAAUAUCAACCAGGUGCAGCGGCUUCUCAGUCCUUACCUACCCAAAGCUGGUGGUGUGAGCGGGUCUCAUGACUCUCCUUACAGCCAGGGUGGAUCACUGUAUGCUUACGGCUUGCUUUGCGCCAAUCACAAGGGCAAGGCUGUUGACUUCCUCCGUGAGAAAUUCAAGGAAGCAACAGAGGAAGUCGUCCAACAUGGUGGUGCUCUCGGUCUUGGUGUUGCCGGAAUGGCGUCUGGCGAUGAGUCGUUAUUCGAGGACCUGAGAAACGUUCUCUGGGCUGAUUCUGCCAUCAAUGGCGAGGCCGUCGGAUUGGCUAUGGGCCUGGUCAUGCUUGGGUCGGGCAACAACAAGGUGUUGUCUGAUAUGAUCCAGCACGCACACGACACACAACACGACAAGAUCGUCCGAGGCCUUGCUGUUGGUAUGGCUUUGAUCAUGUACGGUCGUCAAGAAGGUGCAGAUGAGCUCAUUCAAGGUCUUCUCAAUGACACAGAUCCAACCAUGAGAUACGGUGGUAUCUUGACCAUCGCCAUGGCUUACGUCGGUACCGGCAGCAACCAGGCCGUAAGGAAGCUGCUGCAUGUUGCUGUCAGCGAUGUCAGCGAUGAUGUUCGACGCAUUGCUGUCCUAAGUUUGGGCUUCAUUCUCUUCCGGAAGUAUAGCAGUGUGCCCAGAAUGGUUGAACUCCUCGCCGAGUCAUACAAUCCUCAUGUCAGAUACGGAGCUGCUAUGGCAUUGGGUAUCUCUUGUGCCGGGACCGGCCUUGCCGAGGCCAUCGAUUUGCUGGAACCGAUGCUCAAGGAUCCCACUGACUUCGUGCGUCAAGGUGCACUGAUUGCCCUUGCCAUGGUGUUGGUGCAGCAAAACGAAGCCAUGAACCCUAAAGUUGGCGCAAUCCGCAAGCAAAUGCUGAAGAUUAUUGCGGAUCGUCACGAGGAUGCCAUGUGCAAGUUCGGCUGUGCCAUGGCUAUGGGUAUCAUUGAUGCCGGUGGCCGAAAUUGCACGAUCAACCUGCAGACACAGACCGGCAACCUGAACAUGCUUGGAAUUGUGGGCGUGGUGGUGUUCACACAAUAUUGGUAUUGGUUCCCGCUUGCGCACUUCUUGUCGUUGUCAAUGACACCUACGGCUGUCAUUGCAGUUGAUCAGAAACUGGAGGCUCCAGUAUUCAAGUUCCACUGCAACACUCGCCCUAGCCUGUUCGACUAUCCUCCUGAACAGGUGACGAAGACGGACGAGACGCCAGAAAAGGUCAAGACUGCCGUAUUGAGUACCACUGCCCAGGCAAAGAGAAGAGCUGCCAAGAAGGAAAAGCAGCAACGCCGUGACAGUAUGGAUGUCGAUACUGUCACGCCUGUCACACCAAAGGUGGACAAGGACGAUAAGAUGGAUACUGAUGAAUCCGCCCUGAAAGAAGACGAGGACAAGAAGAAAGAAGAGGGAGAGGUUCCGGAGGUCAAGAAGAAGGCCGAAAAAGAGAAAGUAGGCUACGACAUCCCCAACAUGUCGAGAGUGCUCCCGACACAGCUGAAGUACUUGACGUUCCCAGAUGAACGAUAUCAACCAGUGAAGAAACCGACUGGUGGCGUCAUGGUCGUGCAUGACACAGAGCCGGAGAAGGAGCGUGAGACCAUUCCUCUUCUCGUCAGCAAGGUCGAAGUCCCUGCUGCAAAUACUGGCAUUGCCGUCGGAGGGGCCGCGCAACAGCCACCGCAGACUCCAGCUCACCAAGUGAUUGGUGCUGGUGCGGCGGCAGCUGCAGGUGUUUUGACUGCCAUUGAUGAGGAUGAAGAUGAAGCAGAAGAGGCUCCUGUACCAGCGGAUUUCGACUACGAGACGGACGGUGAGGAGGAGGAGGAGUCAUAGACUUAGUGCGAGCUGGGGGCUUUGGGAGUUGCCCUUCCGGAUUUUCAAAUGGCCUGCAGGAGAGGCAUACUGUAGACAGGAAGCACCUGUGUCUGUAUCAAAAUAGGUCACUAUAAUAUCGUGCCUUUGUCCUGGCGAA